AUGUGGUCGCCUUUAUUCCGCCUGUGGCUGGGGGUUAGCAUGACUUCAUUACACCAAGGCUCAUCCAAAAUUCUUCUAAACGAAGACGAAGCCUACCAAACUGCUAUUAAUCAAGGCUUUGCGUUACUUGAUAAGCCAAUAGAUGACAGACGGCUGAAACAAGCUUUGCUCAAUGGCAACUGUGGGGCAUUAGCAACUUUCGAAGGUUGGGUACGCAAUCAUAACAACGCUCGACCCGUCACCAAGCUGACUUAUUACGGUUAUGAAAAACUCGCUAUCAAUCAAGGCAAAAAACUCAUCGAACAGGCCAAAACCCAAUUUGACAUCGAAGACGCCGUGGCGAUUCAUCGUAUUGGUGACUUGGCUAUUGGUGACAUGGCAGUGUGGAUUGGGGUGACGGCUCAUCACCGUUAUCCUGCAUUUGAUGCGUGUCGUUGGUUACUUGAUGCGAUUAAAGCCGACAUUCCUGUGUGGAAGCAAGAGUUUUAUGGAGAUAGUAGUGAGAGUUUGUGGCUAUCGAAUAAUGGCUAA